ACAGUGCUUUUGGGGCACGCAUCCAACCACCGGAGUCGGAGAUGCUUAUGUUAUGAAUCACUGGUCACUGGACUGGGUCUGCUUACGUCUUUUCUGCUCGUUUUUCCUGUAGACGUUUUUCGUUUCUGCUCAAUUACGAUUUUCUAUUUGGAUCUGGAACUCUCACAACUUCAUUUUCAGUUUUAUUACAUUUAUAAUAUUACGUACAACCUGCAAUUUGAAUCACUCUUUAGAUCAGCGAAUUUAGAUUUUGUGUGUUUAAUUUGGUGGGGAAAUGGAGAAUAGCUCCUCAUUUCUUCCUUCUGCUUCUACUAUCAAUAUGAAGAACGAGCAGCGAGGAAAAUCGAAGUCCUUAAAAACUAGCAAAACAUCAGUCGUCAUGGCCUUCUUUUCUUGCUUUGCUUGGCUCUACGUUGCUGGCAGAUUAUGGCAAGAUGCUGAGAAUAGAAUGGUACUUAACAGUCUUCUGCAAAAGAAUUCCGGCAAGCCACCAAAAGUACUGGCAGUUGAAGAUAAAUUGAUGAUUCUUGGAUGCAAAGAUUUAGCGAAGAGGAUUGUGGAAGUUGAGAUGGAUUUGACGUUGGCAAGGAGUCAAGGGUAUCUCAAGCGCCAGUCGCAGCAAAAUGUUUCUGGCCAAAAAAAGCUUCUUGCUGUUAUUGGAGUUUAUACUGGUUUUGGAAGUCGCUUGAGGAGGAAUGUUUUCAGAGGGUCUUGGAUGCCAAAAGGUGAUGCGUUAAGGAAACUCGAGGAAAAAGGAGUUGUCAUCCGCUUUGUUAUCGGUCGCAGUGCUAAUCGAGGCGAUAGCCUUGAUCGAAAUAUUGAUGAGGAAAAUCGCAAAAUGAAAGACUUCUUGAUCCUUGAUGGUCAUGAGGAAGCUCAAGAAGAAUUUCCCAAGAAAGCAAAAUUCUUCUUCAGUGCAGCUGUCGAAGUUUGGGAUGCAGAGUUCUAUGUGAAAGUUGAUGACGAGAUCAACCUUGACCUUGAUGGGUUGAUUGGAGUUCUUGAAAGCCGACGUGGUCAGAGUGGUGCUUAUAUUGGGUGCAUGAAAUCUGGGGACGUGAUAAAUGAAGUGGGGAAAUCAUGGUAUGAACCUGAGUGGUGGAAAUUUGGGGAUGAAAAAUCGUACUUCAGGCAUGCUGCUGGACCUUUAAUUAUACUUACAAAAAACCUUGCUCAGUAUAUCAACAUAAACAGUGCAUCUUUGCAAACCUAUGCCCAUGAUGAUAUAUCAGUGGGAUCUUGGAUGAUGGGCAUUCAAGCCACAUAUAUCGAUGAUAAUCGUUUUUGCUGUAGCAGUUAUAAACAAGAUAAAGUGUGUUCCCUUGCCUGAGUGGAGAGAACGCCUUCUCCCAAGUUUUCGUGUGUACUCCUCAUUAACCCCAGCAGAUAUUUCCAAUUAACAGUAGUCGUCUCCAAAAGAUUAUGGUCAUGAAAACAUGCUGCACACUUGUUAAUGGUGAGUCAGUAUGCAGUGGGACUUAUCAACUGCCAACAUUGCGCUUCUACUGCUAAUAUACGUCAACAGCAAAUGUGGGGGGCCUAAACCACCCUAGUAGGUAAAAUCACAUUUUACCCUAGCAAAUACGGGAAUAUUACUCUUCGAUAGUAUAUCAGAGUGCUUGUUCUCAAUUCAUUUUGUGUGUGAAUAUAUUUUUUGGCCCUUAGUAUUUUUCAAUUGCUUGUUGUGAGAAUAGGCUAUCCAUAUGAACUUCUUUGUAAUGCAAUUAUGAUAAAAAACAAUUUGAUUCUAGUUCCGAUGAAUCUAUCAGAAUAUAAAAUACAACGCUGUAGUGUGGUAUUCUAGAUCAGAGCAAGAAGAUGAGAGGUUUUCUGUUU